AUGAGCUUCGGACGCGCGGGCGUCCGAGCCAAGGACCCGUACGCGGUCGAGCCGCCCCCCGCGCGGAGCCGCCACGGCCCCUCCCCCGCGGCGCUCGACCGCGCGACGCGCGAGAACCUCGGAGGGAUCGACCACCUCUUCGCGGCGGCCAAAUCCACGGGCACGCUCGACAUCAGGACUUUGCCCGGCGCGUCUCUCCGCCCAUCCCAUGCGUUCAAUCCCCGCCAUCGACGCCUUUCAACUCCAUCUGACGCCUUUCAACUCCACCCCGACAUCGCUUCGUACGAUGGAACGACCGCGACCAUCAGCGGCCGCGCGCUCCGACGGAUCCCUCCGCGGGUGUUCGAAGACGUCGCGAGCGACGGCGACGGCGACGACGGCGCGGACGAGAACGCGAACGCGCGCGGCCGCCGGCCGCCGCCGAAGACGAUAUCGUUCGACGACGCGCGCGGCGACCGCGACGACGGACCGGCGUGGUGGGAGCGCCGCGAGCUCGCUUCGCUGGACGCGUCGCGGAAUCAGAUCGAUUCGCUCCCCGACCGAAUCGCGUCGUUGACCGCGUUGGAGAAGUUGGACGUGUCGCACAACGUCCUCACGUCGCUGCCGGGGCUCGCGUUGGAGCGAUUGCCGCUGCGAUCGCUGGACGCGUCGGGGAACAAGAUCGCGGAGCUGCCGCUGGCGCUGCCGUGCGAGACGCUGGCACGUCGUCGCGCGUCGUGGUCGUCGUUGUUUUUUCGCGGCGUUUUUUUUCAAACCCAGCUGUCGCCGCCGCUUCGAAAGUCUCACCUCCACCGCGCCUCCCUCCUCUGCGACCGCAGGCGAAACUUUGCGUCGGGGGUAAUAAAGAGCUCACGGCGCUGCCGCACAACAUCGGCGCGUGCGUCCGGCUCGCGGAGCUCCGCGCGCCGAAUUGCUCCCUCGGGCGCCCGCGUCCCCGACUCGCUCGCGCGGUGCCAUCAGCUCGUCUCGCUCGACCUCUCCGGGAACCUCCUCGGCGCCGGCCUCGCGCCGGACCUCCCGGACGCGCUCGCGACCGGGCUCGUGAACGUCCGCGAGCUCAACGUCUCGAGGAACCGGCUGUCGAGCCUCCCGGAGAGCCUCGGCGCGAUGCGUCGCCUCGCGCGGCUGGACUGCCGCGAGAAUGAGAUUCGCGAGCUGCCGGCGUCGGUGGAGGGGUGCGAUUCGCUCGCGGAGCUGUACCUCGGGCACAACCGCCUCGCGACGAUCCCGGACGAGAUCGGAUUCGUCGCGUCGCUGCGGACGUUGGACGUGUCGAACAACGCGCUGAAGGAGCUGCGACCGUCGCUUGCGAACGUCCCUCUGUCGUUGUUGGACGCCUCGGGAAACGACAUCGUCGCCGUCGCGCCCGAGCUCGGUCGGUGCGUCACGCUGCGCAAGCUGAUGCUCGAGGGGAACCCGCUCAAGUCGAUCCGGUACAACAUCCUCGCCGGCCCGACGCGCGAGCUCCUCGCGCACUUGCGGAGUAAGCUCAGCGACGAGAGGGACGACGUGAACGCCGCCGCGGCGGCGUUUGGAAAGGUUUUCAUCGGCGCCGACGACGCCGUCGUGAUCGCGUCGGCGACGCACGCCGACCGCGUCGCGUUCGAAGGCGGCCGCGGGACGCUGCUGCUGCGCGACCGCGGCGUCGAGAGGGUCCCUAUCGAGGCGUGGGAUAUCGUCGCGACGCGCGUCGCGUGCGUGGAUUUAGGAUUGAACGGGCUGAAAGGGGACGCGUGCGGCGGCGGGAGUAAUUCGGACGCUCUCGCGACGGCGGUUGGGAAAUGCAAACGGCUGGAGACGUUACUGCUCGACGGGAACGACCUGUCGUCGUGGCCGCUGCCGCACGACAACGCGCCGCCGCUGCCGCUGCUCGAGAUGUCGCUCGCGAACAACGCGCGCGUGGGCGGCGCGGUGCAGACGCGCGGGGUGUUUAGCCGAGCGUCGAACAUGACGCGGCUUGAUCUCUCGGGCGUCGUGAUCGCCGCGCGGUUCGUCGACGACGGCCUCCUCGGCCCGCUCGCGAACCUCGUCGAGCUGCGAUGGGCGCGCGGCGACCUCACGCGCGUCCCUGAGGACGUGUACUGGAUGCGGAAGCUGCGCGCGCUCGCGCUGCCGGACAACAGGAUCGGGGAGCUGCGCGCGGAGGUGUCCGAGUUGACGCAGCUGGACGAGUUGGACCUGACGAAUAACGACCUGCCGAACUUGCCCGCGGAGCUCGGGCUCGUGCCGCUGCGCGCGCUGAAGGUGGAGGGGAACAUGCUGCGGAUGAUCCGGCGGCCGAUCCUCGAGCGAGGGACGCAGGCGCUGUUGGAGUAUUUGAGGGAGAAGUUGCCGAGCAGUAGGCGGUGA